AUGAGUAGCUCUGUUGCGUGAUGUCUUACGUAUUUCUUUAACAAAUUUCUUCAAGAUCGGAUCAGCAGUUUAAAUCCUGAACAAUUAGUCACAGAACUAUUUAAUGGAAAAAUCGAGCUUAAAAACUUGGUAUUGAACAGCAAUUUAUUAAGCUUUGAAAAUUCUCCGGUCAAACUGACAAAAGGGCUGAUACAGUCGUUUCAGCUACUUAUUCCUUGGACAAAAGUGCUUUUAGGGGAGCCUUGUUUGGUGAAAAUUAUUGUUGAUGGCAUUUUCCUCGAAUUAGAUUAUGAAUUAGCUCAGAAUAUCGAGUCUGCCAUUGACCCAGAAGAAAUAAAACAUAAAAUUUUGUCGGAGUUCGAAGAGCAGAUAAACCAAAAGAAAAGAUCCUUUUAUAAACUAUUGAAUAUGAUGCCGGGGAAAAAUUAUUUCAGCUUAAUCCUCUAUUGGAACGAAAAAUCCUAUUAAAAUUUAAGAGGUGAAAUAUUGUUUUCUUUAAUAGAUAAAAAUUUUUAAUCUCUUGAAGAAAUAAUUAAAAAAAUUAAUUGGUUAAGUGUAAAAAAUGUUAAAUACAUUCUAAUUGCACUCAAUUUCUAUUAAAUUACGUCAAAAUUAAUUUAAAAAUUAGUAUUUUCAUCUUAAAACUUUUAUAAAAAAUUUUUAAAAAUAUAUAAAUGACCAAUACUUUGAAUUUUAAUUUAUUUUUAUUUAUGAAGAAAUAAUUAAAAAAUUAAUCUAUUCAGUGCUGAAAAUGUUCAAAUAGCAUUCCAAUUGAGUUUUACCCACCACAUUGAGUAAAAACUAACUAUAUAAAAAUUAGAAUUUUCAUCUUUAAAUUUCUUUAAAAUCUAAUUGAGCAAAAUAUCUUGAAUUUUAAAUUCUUUUAUAAAAAAGUUAAUCGAUUUAGUGUAAAAACGGUUUGAAUAACAUUCUAUCCACAUUUGUCAAUUAAAUUAGGUCAAUGCUAAUUUAUAAAGAUUGGUAAUUUCAUCUUUAAAAAAUAUAAAUACUUUGAAUUCUAAAUAACAAUUAAUCUAUUAGGCGUCAAAAUUGUUUAAAUAGCAUUCUACUUGCGCUUUGUCUAUUAAAUUAGGUCAAAACUAAUUUUAUAAAAAUAAGUACUUUCAUCGUUAAAAUUUUCCUAUUAAAGCCAAAAAAUGCAAAUUUUACUGAUGUUUUAUUCGAUUUUAGAGGAGAGGGAAUUAGAAAUUAUAGAAUAUAUAAUAAGUCGGCUUCACAUUAAGGUUUCCAAUGUACAAUUAAGCAUUAGACAUCAAACUUGUAUAUCGGCAAAUGAUAUUAGUAUUGAUAAAAUUGAUAAAGCUGAGGAAAAGAAAGAUAUAGACACAACCUCAAAAGAUAGAAUCAAAAUGGGAAGAGGUAGUAUUGAUAAAAUUGAAAAUAGUGUGGAAAAAAUAGAAAGAGACUGAAUCCCAAAAGAUAGAAUCAAAACGGGAAGAGAUAGUAUUGAUAAAAUUGAAAAAAGUGAGGAAAAAAUACAAAUAGACACAACCCCAAAAGAUAGAAUCAAAACGGAGAAAGAUAAACAGCUUGAAAUCAGCCGAGAACUGUUUCUUUCGAUUAGGGAUAAAAAAAAAUUGUGUAAUUCGAAUUUUCUGGUUUCUGCCAGAAAUUUUUUUUUAUUUUAUGAUUAUGAGGUUUGGCUUUCCCCAGAGAAUUAUUCCGACUAUGACAGGCCUUUAGUCUGCAAUGGCAGUGCAGAAUUUCUGUCCCUUGGAAAAUUGAAUUUUCCGGAAGGAUGCUACUAACCCCAGGCUAUGGAGGCUGGGACCUAUAGGGCGUCUGGCGGACCCAAGUUGGUUUCUGUUGAGCAGGAAGGAUGACCGUAGAAAUCUUCACGCCGAACCUAUGGACCAUUAAAAGCGAAGCCGCGCCGUGCCUGACUUAGCGGUGGAUGGAAAUCUAGAAGCAGGGAUGGAAGUGUAGGUAGAUGAUGUGGUAUUGGACGUUAAACGAGAAGAAGAUUAAUUUUAAUAUAAUUUAAUGUUCUUUCGAUUGGAAAAUUUAGUAUAAUUCCGACUGAUGAGCUGUUUGAACCAAUAUACGACGAAUAUGAAAACUGGGUUUGGAGUAAACUGGAAUCAUUGAGGCUCUUUGGGAAAAGAUUAGAAGGAAACGAACGACUGAUGUCACAAAGUGCAAUUCAAUUUAAAAUUAUAAGCUUUACUGAUAUUGAAGUAAAAUGGGCUUUUUCACAUGAAAAAAUCCCCAGAAAAGUGGCUAAUCUUGUUGAAUCAUUUGACAUUCAAAUAAAAUGGAGCUCAAAAAAUAUCAGAUUGCUAGCAAAAUCCUCUGAGCACGUAGAUAUUGAUUUAAAUGUCGAAGUAUCAAAUAUUCACUUAACUGCAGAUGAAGAAGCUUUAAGGACAGCUAUCACUUUUAUAAAUUCAAUAUCCUCAAGCAAAAGUCCUUUAUCAGCCUACCAGCAUGUAUCAGGAAAAGACAAAUGGGCAAUAAUUAAAGACAAAAUUGUUGAAAAAGUGAGACUGAGAUCGUGGUGAUUUCUAACAAGAAAAGUCCUUUGAAAAAGUGUUUACCAAAAAUUAUAUGCAAAACACCAUCUAGGAAUCAUUGAAAGCUCUGAAAAUGCCCAAGAACAAGAAGAUUUCAACGAUCCAAUACCUGACCAGUCAGCAAAUAACUUUUCUUCACUUUCUUCAGUAUCUCCAAAAGAGCUCUUAGAUCGUAUGCAAAGCAUUGACAAAACUUCAUUGCAACGAUUAAGCUCUAGAAGUGAUGAAGAUAGCGUCUCCUCAGGCCUACGGCAAAUGAAAAACAUGUGAAGAUCAGCUUUAGAAAAAAAACCUAAAAGGUCUGAUGAUUUUUCUACAAGCACUAUUUCUCUUAAAAAAGUUAAAAGCAAAAUUAUUCCUGCUAUCCAUUUCAACAGCAAUUGCCCACCUGCUUUACUAGAAAAAGCAUUAAUGGUCGAUCUAGAAAGGCAUCUUUCUCUUGAUGAAAUAUUAAUGUAUCGGCAAGAAAUGCUGGAUAAGCUUACUUAUGAAGAAUUUAAACGAAGUAUUGAUGAAGAAGCUUCUAAAACUUCCUCAUUUACCAAUAUUUUGAAUUAUUUUAUGAAAAAAGGAGGAAUUGAAAUAGUAAAUGCAACUAACCGAAUAGCCAAUUUAGAAGUUAAAUUAAUUAUAGAGUCUAUUGGCUUUACAUUGCAAAGACGAAUUAGCGCAAAGGAUAGCCAGAGUAAUCCAUUUCUGAAGUUUUUAAUUACAAGGCUUGAGCUCAAUGGAAGUAUCCAAAGCUCAGAGCCAAGGAUAAAAAUCAGAGAAUCUGAGUAUGAAAGUACUGUCUUAUUCACAAUUUUGACAAGAAAAAUAGAACUGAAUGAUGUGCAGAAUUGUUCGCAGUCAUCUUUAGUUAAACCUAUAUUAAAGAUUAAGAAAGGAGCCAGCCUUGAGUUUGAACAGAAAUAUAAACAAGUAUUAGUUAAGCAAAUUUUAGAUAUCCAGGAAGAAACCUCAAUUUCUGUCAUGAUACCUUGGAUUGACUUCAUCAUAGUUCCACAAACAAUUCAUGACAUAAAGCUGUUUGCUCAAGCUCUUAUUAUGGUAAAGCCUAGCAAAUAUGAAAAUACAUGCUCGUUUCUGGAUUUGAUGGAGUGUUUCCAACGGACUCAUCUAAAGCCAUAUGCAUCGCCAAAUAUAAAAUGUAAAAUGAAUAUAAAAACUUUAAAUUUAGUUUUUCCUAAAGAAUACUCAGAAGAGCCGACAUAUUCAAUUAGAUUUGAAAUUGCUGAUAUAAUUAUGAAUCAUGCUUUUAGUGUACACGAGUUCGAGAUUAAGUAUAUUGAAGUACAAACUGGAUUGCUACCUCUAUUCAAGCUCAAAGAGGUACCACCACUGUUUUCACUGAUGAGAACAAAAUAUUUGAGUAUUAAAAUAAUUUUCCAAGAGCCCAUCAAAAAGCUGCUAAAACCCGAAAAAAUGAAAAUUGAAGAUAUUUAUCUAAAACCAUUAGAGAUCAGCAUUUCUGGAGGAAUUAUUGAUGUGGACAUCAAGCUUGAACAUAUAUUCCAGACAAGCAGAAUUUUUGAAGCAUGGAAGCGUUUGAGCUCAGACUCUUAUGAAUAUAAAUACGACAAAUCAAAUUUCCCCUUAGGUCUUAAAAAUACUUAUAUGGACUUCAAUUUGCGUCGGUCGGUUAUCGUGUGCUUACAAAGGCAACAGGUAAUUUCUGCAAAUUUCAAUGCAAUUUGCAUAAAAUUGUAUACAGAUUCUAACCAGUUUGCUUUGAUCAUAAAACAGCCUGCACUAAGCCUAACUUCUUUCUUUUUUGACCACUACCUGAUUUUUAGAUCUAAAGAAGUUACAAUAGUUGAGCAUUCAAAACUUGACCAGACCCCAAAAACCAUCUUGUAUAUGAGAGCAAUGUUCCCUAUUGACAGUCUUGCCAAUGGGGAUAAAUUGAAAGCUUAUGAUUUAUUUGGGAAACAAGAACCUGGGAUAUUUGUAUUUAUGAAAACUCAUGAUGCCAAAUCUCAAAACUUCAGGAACAUUGAGCAGGAAAUCGAAUUGGGACUAGGCCAAGUUGAUGCCUCUAUCAGUAUUCCUAUGAUUAAACACAUCAUGAGCAUUGUGAGUGAAUGCUCUCAAUGUGUGUCAAGCUCACCAACCUACUCAAUACAAGCCCCUGAUUUCUUUAAAGACAAGCAUCCUCAUAUUUUAAAUAAAUUACUAGUGAAUACAAGUACCCUCAAUUUACUUUUUUAUAAAGAUAAUCAGCCUUAUUAUACAGUUCUAGCCAAGAGAUUUUUAUGCUCGAUAGACAGUUACUCAAAUAAAAUGCAAGCAAGAUUGAGCGUGAUAGAUCCCUGCUUAUUAGACAUAUCACUUGUAAGCUCCUACAAUCCUGUGAUUCUCGGUCCAGCGACCUCUGUCACUCCAAGAAUUGACAUUAAUUUUAUUUCUUACAGCAAACUCCCUAAGAACACUACAACUCAAACCUUGUUUGAGCUCAGGGCAUCAGAUAUAAAGCUCACUUUUCUUAACCGAGUUUUGCUAGAACUCAUAAACUAUUUUUAUGAUGGCAUAUAUAGUACUUUGCUCCCAGACUCAGAGCCCUCAACCGAAAGCCAAGGACGAACUGAAGUUUCAUUAAUUUUUCUGAAUUCCACUAUAUUUAUGCCAAGGAAUUCUAUAUCAAAUGAUGGGAUAGUUGCUAGAAUUACCUCACUGACCUUCGGAAAUAAUGAAAACUCUCAAUCUAUAGCCACAAAAAAAUUCUAUUACGAAUUAGACUUAGCCCAGAGGAAUGAUAAAGCUGAAAAAUCAGAAGGUAAACAAACACCACCUGUAACAAAUGAUGAGUUAUUAAGACUAGAAAGAGUGAGCUCAUCAGGACUUUUCCAGAAAAAAUUGAGAGAAGGAACCUCAAACAAAUCUAGACAAGAAUCAAUUAAAAAAUUACUGAGAAAAACCAUAAAAUUUGAAGGUUUCGCAGAAGCACCUGCACAGCCGUGUGUAGUUGAUAACUUUGAAGUCUAUUUUUACGACCCUGACUCAAGUUUAGUUCAAGAUUGCGAUCGAGAAUCGUUGCCCAAAAUUACACAUCCAGCAGAAAUUGACAGCAAAGAUGAAGAAAAAGAAGACCAAAAAGAAGAAAAACAGCUGCAAAACAUGCUGAGGACCAGAAAUCUUCCGAUCCCACUUGAAGAUAUAAAUGACGAAUCAGCUAAAAGUUUUGAAUCAGAACAGUUUGACCAAAUAGACUCAGAAGAAAUGCCCUGCACUUAUUUAGGGCGAGCAAGCAGCAGCGUGAUUAAAUAUUGGCCCACGGGUGACCAUUUAGAAGAUGAACUAGAGGAGGACGACAAAAAGCAUGCCAAUAGAAAUGUUGCAGAUCAGGAUUAUAUUUUGCAUGUCCUUGAAUUUGAUAUUGUUGACACACAAAAUACCAAAAUUACGACCAAUACAAUUGACUUCGACCUAUGUCUUCAUUUUUCUGUUGUAAGGCUUGGUCUACUUGAAAUAAGCCUUAAUUUCACUUACCAAAGCAUUGUUAUAGACCUAUUUAGGGACCAAUACAAUUUGCUAAUGAAAAUAUUUACUGAAAACUUUUUUGAGCUUCCUAAUUAUCCGCCUUCAUCCAUUGAUAGUAGCAAUAAUGAGAAUUGGCUUGAAAUGAAGAUAAAAAUCAGUGAACUUGUCCUGUAUAUCAUUGAUGGAAACACUGAAGAGAUGUUUUCUGAAAAAAGGCCUUUUGAAAUUUAUUAUAGCACAAAUCUCCUUUGCAGCUUAGCUUGCCAGUCUUUAGAUAUUUAUUUUGAGCUCAAAGGGAAUGGACAAAAAAAUAUAUCAAUUAAAAUCCAAUGAAUAGAAAUUGAUGAUAAGCGAGAAACCAGAAUUUUAGACACGGAUCAUUUAUAUCCUAUAGUUUGCAGUCUUUCGUAUAUCAGAUCACAUAGAAAUGAAAGUGAAAAUGAAGGGCCUGAUCAUUAUGAUGGCUUGACAAACAGCCCACAGAUUGAAACAACUAUUUUUAUGAAGGGUAAAAAAAUUAUUGACGUUACCAUAAAUGACACAGCGACCUAUAUAAUUGUUGAUUUCUUGACUUCAGUCAGUGGGUUUUUCCAAUGCGCGUUUAAUGCAACUGAAUUUCCAGUCCCAGACAAUAUAAAAUACAUACACGAUUCAGAUCCUCCUGGGAUGGAGCUGAAGCUAAGAAUCAUUGACUGAAGCUUGAUUUUUUUGACUUCUUAUGAGAGUCCAGAGGAUCCAGCAGUUUUACUAAAAAUCGGAUCCAUGGUGUUAGAUGUUAAUUGAGAUAAAGACUGCUUUAUUGGACCAGGGUCAUUAACAUUUAAACAAGUUAUAGAAUUUGAAAAUGCUUAUCUCGUUAAAGGAAAUGACAUUGACUCAACAGAAGCUAGAAAUUUUAAGCCUAUUUUAGAGCCUUUUACACUCUUAGUUGAUUAUAUGUUUUAUAAGCCAAAAUAUAUGGGGAAGUGAGUAACAACUCAAGUCAACAUAAGAUCGCUAAAGGAAGAUAAUUCUGACUGAAUUUUCCAUUUAAGUUUUUCAGUUAUAAAAUCAUUCAAAGAAAUAUCUAAACUUCUCAGCAGACCUACAGCUACUCCAACUCUACGGAUAAUCAAAGCUAAAACUGAACCAAUCCCUGAAACAGCAAAACUCGAGCUUCCAGAUAUGCUUAAAAGAGUCAGUUCCUUAGCAGUAGACUCUGAAUGUCAGCCUCCAGGAGAAGAAGAAAAAAAUGAAUCCUUGAAUAUCGCCUUGUACGGAGCAUGCAUAAAUAUCAUGAAUGACCAAACGCAGCCAAUCUUUAGACUAAUUCUUAAAGAAACUUUAGGAGCAAUCCAACAUGAUAUACAAGAAGAGGCAAAAGUUGCAUGCUUUUUCUGUGUACUCGAGCUCGAUUAUUUUAACCAAAGACUAAUGACGUGAGAACCUCUUAUUGAGCCUUGGGGUGUUGAGAUACAGUUAUCAAGCACAAAAGACUCUGUGAGUGUUGACUUGAAGGAGUAUAGCAAUUCUUUGCAGGUGAAUAUUAGUUAUGCACUUAUAGAAUCUUUAGGAUACAUUUAUCCAGAGUGAAGCGCUUUAGAUGAUAUAAGAGAAAGCCCAACUCUCGUAGGGAAUCCUUACUGUUUUGUAAAUCAAACUGGUCUUCCUAUUAAAGUUGAUAUAAAGCAAGCUACCUCAAGUAAUACCGUUUCAAGAGAAAUUGCUGAUGGCGAAUCCAAAGAUUUUAAUAGUGAUGAGUUUGACUAUAGUGCAAGACUGGUUCACUCUAAAAAUAUAAAACACAUUUUGAGUGACAGAAAAUCUAUAGAUAUUGACGUUAACCCAUUAGAGAGCAACCAAGGAAGCAGAAAAAAAUUCACACUUCGGUUCAAGAAGAUUACAGGUAUAGAAAUUGAUACCCCAGAUACUCAUAUUUUCUUGCUUGACUAUCUAAAUGAAAAUUCGAAAGGUGUAGAAAUCAAAACAAAAAAAACGAACCAAAACCAAUCUAAGCUUAAUUUCUUUAAAAAGUUCGAAGCUUUUUUCAUCGAGGAAGAAGACAUGAAAAAGUAUAACGAAGAAGAAAUUGACAUAUCUGCUUGCUUUAAGUGCCUUAGACCCAAAAAAAAGAGAAAGAAAGCUCCAAAGCAGAUGGAGUCAACCAUGGAUAAAGAUUACCAUAAUAUUGUGCUAUUAGUUGCUGAAAUACUUUGAAACCAAGAAUUGGCCCAGAAAACGAUAAUCAUUAGAUCAUCUAUUACUUUGGUUAAUAAUCUGCCAACCCCUCUGAUAGUAUCAUUUACAAGAGACGAAAACUUGCAAAACCCACUUAAAGAAGCAGAAGUUGAGCCAAUGGGGAAAUUGUCGGUUCCUAUUGUAGCGGUAAAUAAAGGCCAAAUGUUUGUUAGGCCUAGAGGGAAAUAUGAAGUGUCAAGGGUUAUUGGGAAAAUUGCUAGUGGGAAUACUAGCAUUGACAGUAGUGAAAUAACAAGCGCAAGUGUUAUAGAAACAAAAAACGUCACUUUGUCAGGUCUUAAAGGAAUAGUUGAUGAGAAUCUGCUUUGCAGACCUAUUAUGAGCUUUGAAAAUAAAGAAGAAACUUAUUUAGACCUCAAAUUUAUUCCUUUAUAUUGCAAAAAUCAAGACGAACACCUAAAUGAACAUUUCUUUUGUGCAUUGACAGUAAAAGAAUUGCCAAACCGCACUCCAGUCAGGAAGAGUCAAUCUGCUAUGAAUGAUCAGCCUGAAAUAAAAAAAGAAAACAGAGGUAUCAUAGGCUAUAAAAAUAAAAUAGAAAGUCAAGGUAAAAGAUAUAAACCUGGCGAUGAAACUCUUGAUAGCUUAGAAUUAAAAAAAGAAAUAGACCUCAGAGAUGCAAUACAUGAAAACGAACUAGUGAUUACCUCAGCUGUUAGCUUUACUAAUGCUCUCCCUAUGUUUUGUAUGAUGUCUACCUGAAUUGAUAAUAUGAAACUAAGAGAAAUUACAGUAAGACAAGGCGAAACCUCUCAUUUAUUUUACCUUCCAUUUUUCGACAGCCGUAUAAAAAUAAAGGUUAGGCUUCCAGGCUGUGAAUGGUCACGGGAAUUAUGGCUGAAUUUAAUGGACAUUGAAAAAGAGGAAAGAAUCCCAUUCAGGAUGACUGACAAAAACGAUGUAGAUAGCGCUCUUUACUUGUGGCUAAGAGUGCUUAAAGACGAUUAUGGGUGCUUUAGGCUUACUUUGUAUUCACCAUAUUGGAUUAUCAAUAAAACCUCAUUAAAACUGCAAUACGCUGAGCCUUCAUUAAUAAUGGGAAAUAAAAUCAGCCAGAAUAUUGAUAAAGAAGAUGAACAAGCAAAAAUUGAGAAGGAUGCGAUGUCGUCGCCAUUAAGCAGGGAUGAUGAUAUUGACGAAGAAGAAAUAAAAAAAGCUGAAUCAAAGUCAGCUCAAAAUCAAAAAAAAGAAGACGAAUUAAAAAGAGUCAGGCUAACCAAAAGCUCAAGACCAAAAGAAGGAGAUUUGCAAGUGAAAUUUUUGGAUACGUAUACUAUGGGAGGCGGCACUGGAGGAGAAUUUAUGACUUGUCAAUCAGAAGGUCCCAGAAAUAACAGUGAAAGGUCUGCUGACUAUCCGAUCCCGAGAAAUCCGAAACGAGAAGGAAGCAUCAUCUCACAUUUUACACACAAUCCUAAUGCGAAGUGGAAGCAGAUCGAGCUGUUUUCGACAUCUAAACAAAUGUCAAAGUUAAAAGUGGCUAUAUUAGAUAGCGAAACUGAGGUCAUUACAUCACAUUGGUCACCCAAUUUCUCGCUAAUUAACUCAGGGACUUCUGGAGAAAUAAGCAUUGUAAAGUAUGAUGACGGCCAGUGUGACCUUGGAGUUACUAUAGAAAAAGGAACAGGUAUUUUCCAGCUCACCAACGUGAUUACGUUCCGCCCUUCAAUUCUGCUUAAAAAUUUGCAUCAGAGAGAGUUUUUAGUGCAGCAGCAGGGGGCUGCCCAGGAUGAUUUUAUUACGCUGAAAGUUAACCAAACUAUACCGUUUUGGUGGUCUCAUGCAAAAUUGGAAAAAAUAUUGAGGCUCUCUGCAGAUGUUGCUCCUUCUACUGGAGUUGCAAGAAAAUGGUCGGGAGGAUUCAGGAUACAUGAGCUUGGAGAAUAUUUUAUUCGGCUCCCAACAGAAAAUAAGCUUAAAACUCAUGAAAAAGAUUAUGUUCAAAUUUCAGUCGUCAGUAGUGAUCCUAUGAUUAUAGUGCAGUUUGUGAACACAACUCAAUCCCUUCCUUACAAAUUUGAAAAUCACACAGAUCACGACAUUGAAUAUGCCCAAAUCAUUGGUAUGAACAGUUCUAUGCAAGAAAAGCGGAGGACACUUAAGCGAAUGACAGACGGUGUGCCAACUUGCGAAUUUUAUACCUGGGAUGAAGAAAUUUCUCCUCAUUUUAUUCAAAUCUAUAUAAAUGAUGUCAAAAGGGAAUAUGAAAUCGACCGAAUUGCUACAUAUACUAUAAACAUUGGUAAAGAGGCCUGAAAAGAAGCAUUAGAAAGAAACAUAGAAAAAGUCGGAGAAAUCUACGUGAAGACUUCAAGAGUAAUGAAAAGCAAAAGAGUGACUGCGAAACUUGCUGAUAAAUGGCUAAUUCUGGAAGGGGCAGGCAAAAUCAAUCUAGAGUUCAACUGCACCAAGCUAAUUUAUCACUCAGAUAGAAGGUUCGAGAUUAGGUCGUGCAUUAAAUCUUAUUUAUUUAAAGGGAUUGACGCUAACGAUGCUAUGGCUUGGUAUGAUAAAAUAGAGGCUGCGUUUAAAGCUCCAAAGCAAGGCACCCAACAGUAUAUUUACGUCCAGGUCGAGUUGAAAUCAGCAACCCAUAUCAUGAAAUUUCAGAACUGCCCAGAUUCACUUAUAAACAAAGCUGAAAAACAUGACGAUAAAUGCAAGGUUGGUAAAAAGAAUGAGUUUGAAAACCAGAAUGAUGAGCCUGAAGUAAUUCCUGUGCUUUCAUUGCAGCUUAUGAUAAAAGAAAUAGGGAUAUCCCUCAUUGACUCUGCUCCUCAAGAGCUUCUUUACUUAUACUUGUGCGGCCUUUCCAUGAGAUAUGAUAAAUUUAAAGACAUGACAACCAUGCUAGAAAUUUUGUUGUCUAUGAUGAAACUAGAUAACCAACAAGAAGAUGCCCCGAUGCCAGUUGUAAUAAAUCCAUAUUUUCCUAACUCAAAAGCAAGAGAGCAGGAAAACACUUUUUAUUUCCAAAUAGUCAAAGAGGCAGUUAAGGAAAUUGAUAAUGUGAUCAGUAUAUUUUUCUCACUAUCGCCAUUAGAAAUACAGAUGGACGAGGCUUUAAUUAUUGAUAUGCUGGGAUUUAUUAAUUUUGUGAAACAAAGCUUUAGAACUGGAUCUGAUUCAAAUGAAACGAUUAUUGAAAAUGCUCCGACAAUUAUAGGUGAUAAUGGAAACAAUUUAAUGAGAUGCUGCUCAUAUGAUACUAGCGCAAAAAUUAUGCUGGAAAAAGCAGAAGCACCACUACUGCUAGACUCAGAAAAAGACUUGCUGUCAGAUAAAAGAAUUUUCAUACAAAAAAUCCAGAUAAAUCCUUUAGAAUUCUGUGUCACUAUUGAUAAAAAUCAUUAUAAUCGAAAAUCUAAGGCGACACAAACGAAUAUUAUACAGAUUUUAGCAGAUUUAGGCUUUGCACUUACAUCAAUAGAAUCAACUGAGCUUAAACUUGCAGGAUACUAUAUGACCAAUAUUUACCAGCCAAAAUCUCAAUUUUUUAACUCAAUGUUCAAUCAUUAUCGUUCUCAAGCUAUAAGGGAACUCUAUAAAAUAGUAGGCUCUGUAGAGCUGCUUGGAAACCCAGCUGCAUUGAUUAAUUCUCUAAAAGCAGGAGUCACUGAAAUGCUUCUUUACCCUACUGUUGCCUUAUUUACGUCACAAAAGCAAUUUGUGCCAACUCUACUUAAAGGGGGUGUUGGGUUCGUCAGACAUACUAUGCAUGGACUGUUUAAGAGUUUUGGCAACUUAAGUGGUGGAAUUGGAAAAGUCCUGACUGCUUUAACACUUGAUAGAAAUUUCCAAAAUGCCAUGAGAGCUAUGAAAGCAAAAAAAAAGAAAAAUUUGGGUGAUAGGAUUGGGCAAGGGUUUAAACAGAUUUCUUAUGGAUUUUUAAAUGGGAUUACUGGGAUUAUUACCUCUCCUAUAAAAGGAGCUACACAAGGAGGAUUGCAAGGAUUGCUAACUGGCAUUGGAAAAGGGAUUAUUGGGACUGUUACAAAGCCUGCAGCUGUCAUUGUGGGGACUAUGAGUGAUGCCUUCUCUGGGAUAGGAAAUUUUGCAAAGAAGAAACAUAAGCUGAGACUUCAAGGGAGAAUUAGGUUCCCUAGACCUUUUUAUAAAGACAAAGUCUUGUAUCCUUAUGAGCCUAUUAAUGCUAUGGGGCAAUUUGCAAUGAGGAAAUACAAUAAAUUAUAUCAAUUCGAGCAAAUUUAUUUUUACUCAGAAGUCAGGUAUAGAAAAAUUAAAUUUUUCUUGAUUGUUUGCCAAAUUGGGAUCUUCAUUAUAAAAGAAAAAGAUUACUAUGGGGUAAGACUGCUAGCAAAAGAUAUUGUUGGAGUUCCUGCAAUUGAUAAUAAAUAUAUAUCAAUUACUUCCACAAGCAAACCUUACUCGAAGCAGGAAAGAAUACUUAAAGAGUGUGCAAUUUCAUAUAGAUCUCUUGAAUCAAGAAGCCCUCAUAAAAUAUAUCUUAACUUAACUUAACUUAAUUAUCUGGUGUUUAAGGUGUCUAGUGCCGCAGCCAAAAAGGACCUAUGGCAAAACUAGUGACGUAGGCGAGCCAUCUUGGAACAAGUCAGCCCUGGCCAAGCCUUCUAAGGGCCCCCCCUCAUUUGUCCAAUUUUCUAGUCUUUUAUCAUUUGUCCAUUUUUCUAGUUUUUUUAUAGGAAAAAAAAUAUUUUAGGACCUCAUUUGUCCAAUUUUCUAGUCAAAAAUUUUGAUAGAGAAAAAAAAUUUCCAGGACCUCAAUUGUCUCAUUUUCUAGUUUUUUUAAAGUAAAAAACUAGAAUUUAGGGCAUUCGAAAAAAUGCAAAAAAAACUAGAAAAUUGGACAAAUCAUUUUUGACUAGAUUUUGGGACAAAUGAGGUCCUGGAAAACAAAUUUUCUUAUAAUAAAAAGACUAGAAAAUUCGACAAAUGAGGGGGGGGUCCUUAUCAACUCCUGCUUCACCAGCCUUGCUGCACGUCUCACCCGGCGCGAUGCCGUCACCCUUGUAUCGACUCAGCUCCUGCGCGUGUUUCCGCCUGAGGGUCAUCUUCUCGUGGAGAUGUGCUGAGAGGUAAAACCCCGAAAAUUUUGAGAGGACUGAGGAGCAGUUCCUCUGGCUAUCCCCAGAGUUAAACCGCUAUUGCUGUCCAGAAGUUCUCGAGUGAAAACCUAACCCCAUAAAUAAAAUUCCAUGAGGGAGAGAAAAUUAGCAGAGCUAAUUCUCUCUCGAACCGAAUGCCAUUUUAUUUAUCCAUAAAAUAUAUCAAAUUCAAAUAAAUAUUGGGGGAAUCAUGGGUGGAGUUGAGCAAUUGAUUGAAGCACUUAUGGAUCUUAAGAAAGAAAACACUUCAGGAGAAACUUAUUCUCCAAGAGAUUAA